UAUAUGAGGAGGAAAAAAUCAUUGAAGUUUAAAGUUUAUUUAAUUUUUCAAGGCCACUUAAUACGAGAGUGAAACAGUUUAAUUUCGUAAUACGGUAAAAGUAUAUGAUAUAUUUAUAUAGAUAUAGACAAUAUACUGAAUUCUAUUCGUGAAUCAUAUAUAUCAAGAAAUGAGUACUUCAAAGUACGUCAAGCAUUAACCAAGUUGCCAAAAUGUCUAAUGUACAAUGUCAGUUAAAUAAUUGUGAGUGAAAAAAUAUAUAAAUUGAAUUCAAAUAAUGAAUUUUGGAUAAUUAAAUACGAGUGUAAUUAUUAUAAUUUAAUGUUGUCACUCAAACAUUCAGUUGUCAUUAACGUAAGACAGUUUGAUGUAACAAUUAAAGUACCGCGUGUACUUUACAAUACCUGGGACAAUCAGCUGAUCAAGAUUUAGUACUUAAAUAUUUAAUUAUUACAUUACUUGCCAGAGGAAAAAUAAAAAAAAUAAAUAUGAGGAUAAUAUUUGUAAGAAUCGGUGAAUUUUCACGCCGAUAUCCAAUAGUUCGAGGUAUGGCAUCGUAUACAGUUAUCUGGCCAACGGCAUGUUUGUUACAACAAAAAAUAUCGGGUAAAGAAAAAUUAGAUUACAUACAUGCACUGAGAUUUAGUCUUUACGGUGGAUUUUUUGUCGGUCCUACAUUAUUUGCUUGGCUUAAAAUCGCCACUUAUUUAUGGCCAAGACCAAACUUGAGGUCUGCAAUUACUAAGGCCCUGGUUGAACAAGUGACGUAUGGUCCGGCAGCAAUUUGCUGUUUUUUUUUUGGUAUUAAUUUAUUAGAAUUUAAACCCAUUUCUGAAUGUGUCGAAGAAGUCAAAAAUAAAUUUUUUCCUACAUGGAAGAUUGGAGUAUUUGUAUGGCCGAUAUUACAGACAAUAAAUUACGUCUUCAUUCCCGAACGUAAUCGUGUCGUGUACGUAAGUUUUUGCAGUUUAGGAUGGACAUCUCUGUUAUCGUACGUCAAAUCACUAGAAGCUAGUCAGUUAAAAAGUGGAAAAGUAUUAAUGAAAGAACCUGAAGUUAUUUCUACGUCACCAGUUAGUACCAAUAAUUUAAAUUCUACAAAUAACAAAAGCACUGAAAGUACGAGCACUAAAAGUACCUCGAAAAAAGCUUUAUCUUAAUGAAAGUAAAUCACUAGCUGCCGAUUACUAGAUAAUUUGUAUAAUAAAUUUAUUUUUUAACUUAAUUAUUAAUUAUUUAUUGUUUAUUAAUUUAAUGUAAAUAUUGAUAGAUAAAAUUAUUAUUUCAGUA